UCCUCGCUCCAGUGCCGGCUCCUCGUCUCGCUCCUGUGCCAACUCCCUGCGACUUCUGGGGCCUUCCUAUUCCGGACCUCCCUGCUCCCAUGACUCCAGUCCCCGUUCCUGCUCCAGUCCCCGUUCCUGCUCCAGUCCCUGCUCCAGCUCCUGCCCCGAUUUCGGCUCCCGCCCGAGUCCCGAUUCGGGCUCCAGUCCAGAUUCCGGUUCCAGCCCCGAGUCAGACUCCUGCGCCGGCUCCUGCUCCAGUCCCUAUUCCGGCUCCAGUCCCGAUUCCGGCUCCAGUCCCGAUUCCGGCUCCCGCUCCAGUCCCGGCUCCAGUCCCGAUUCUGGCUCCAGUCCCUAUUCCGGCUCCAGUCCCUAUUCCGGCUCCCGCUCCAGAUUCCGGCUCCUGCUCCAGUCCCUAUUCCGGCUCCAGUCCCGAUUCCGGCUCCAGCCCCGAUUCAGGCUCCGGCUCCAGCUCCCUCUCCAGCCCCGAGUCAGACUCCUGCGCUGGCUCAAGCUACAGUACCGACUCCGGCUCCAGUCGCGAUUUCGACUCCGGCUCCAGUCGCGAGUUCGACUCCGGCUCCGGCUCCCGCUCCGGAUCUGGCUCCCGCUCCGGAUCUGGCUCCGGCUCCCGAUCCAGCUCGGGCUCCCGAUCCAGCUCCGACUCGGGCUCCAGUCGUGAGCUCGACUCCGGCUCCAGCUCCCGCUCCGGAUCUGGCUCCAGCUCCUGCUCCCGAUCCAGCUUCGGCUCUGACCGGCCGUCCACCGGGCCGUCCGCCUGACCCUCCAUCUCUGACCGGCCGCCCACCCGGCCGUCCACCUGACCCUCCAGCCUUUUGGCCCCUCCGCCCCCCCUGUUUGGACCUUUUGUUUUUGUUUGGGCCGUCUGGAAUCCGGCCCUUUGAGGGGGGGUAAUGUAAGGGUCCGGUGCCAUGUGCUCCUUUGUUUGUUCCCCAUGUGCUU